UUUAAAAUUGGAAAAAUAAAAUUACAAUGUGUUUGAAUGCGAACCAAAAGCCUUGUUGCGUGAUAAUUGCCCUGGUUGCGAUUUUUGUAGGAGUUAUAGAGACAUCUUAUGAGUGCUUUCAUUUAGCCUUGCAUGGAAUGAAUAAUUGGUUAGUGGCAGCAUUGAUCGCAUGGAUUCCCAUUUUUAUUGCUGCUAUAUUUCUGAUUAUUGGGGCACUCAGGGAAAUACCUAUUCUUCUGCUUAUCUGGGUAAUAGUGUCACUAAUAUGCGGAGCUGCUUUGAUAAUUAUAAAGAUCGGAUUGAUGAUAUACCUGAAUAGGCUUCGUAUGUAUCUAGAUAUUGUGGUCGCCAUUUUGAAUGUACUAUUUUUAAUGCUGGUCUUCGUUUGGGCGGCCUAUCCUUAUGCAUACAUGCGUGAUCUGAAGGAACAGCAAAAGAUUUGAUAUUAUCACAUGCGCGUAGACGGUGAAAAUAUGAAAUAUAUUGGCAGUGCUCAAAAUUAUUAAUUAACAUUUAAAAAAGAAUAGCCACAUCUCAAGCAAUAAACGUAAAGCCACCACGUGUGUCUGUCCGCUUUUACUAAAAAUCAAAAUACAGACUGUGCGAUAUUCCGACUUUGUUGCAUGACUUCAAUUUUUUAUUAAACAAAUAGCAGCCAGUGACCAGGGGAUGCGAAUUUGCAUAAAAUAACAGAGGCAAUAACAAUGGGUGACAACAAACCAAAUGCAAAUGGUAAACCGACCGCAAAUAGAAAGUGGAAAUCAAAUACAAAGCGCUACCGUUUAUUUCUGUGCUUUCGUAUCUCGGCACUUUCUGGCCGAUUUUUGGGUCUAUUGUGUUUAUUUUCGGGCGUCUAAUUUAAAUAAACAUUUGUUUGCACAAAGGCUUUAAUAUGUUUGGCAAAUGACUUCCUGAAUUGUGUGCUGCAUAUACCAGGGUACCAGCCCAACUGUUGGCUACUCGGAUUGCAUAAUCAGUGAGACAAAUGCCGUGGAUUAUGAAAUCCUUCGCUCACAGCCUGCAAGCCCAGCAGAAAACACGAGCACCGCGGAGACGCCACCGAGCUGUGCAACAAC